AUGCCAGAUUGAUGUGGCAAGCCGGGCAAUCUGAACUGCAGCUUUCAGUCCCUCGAUCUUCUUCGGACAGCGUUUAUCGAAGAGAUUGUUAUCUACGGCGCGCAUUCGGUCAUCAAGAUCACCUUCCUUUUGUUCUACCUACGACUCUCUGUCGACCUGGUGUUUCGCAGCCUAGUUUAUCUUGGCUUUGCGCUCGCAUUAUCCGUCUUUCUAUCUAGCCUGCUUAUGACAGUCUUGCAAUGCGUGCCUUUUGAGAAAAUCCUCAAUCCAAUGUUGCAUCCCGAGGUUACUUGCAUCGACAUGCGUACUAUCAUGCUCACUCCACCUAUUCUUAACAUUCUUAUGGACUUCUAUAUCAUCUGCCUUCCGAUACCCUCCGUUCUGUCGCUCCGAAUGAACUUACGUCGCAAAGUCACUGUCAUCUCCGUUCUCGCUUUUGGCAUAAUCUCCGUCACUGUCGCGAUCCUCCGCCUACCCGUCCUUAUAUCGGUGUCCUCGGUGAAGACAGAUACCUCGAUAGAUGUAGGCAAGAUGGUCAUUGUUGCAUCAUUCGAGGUCCAAUGUGCCAUUGUCGCGGCUAAUCUUCCUGCGAUGAAAGCACUAUGGACUAAGGUCAGAGGUAAACACAGCUCAGCCGGCAGUGAUGAACCAUCCUUGGAGAAACCAUACUCCCUCUCAUUUAUACGUAGAGGCAAGCGGGGCGACAUAAACAAGCACUCUUCUAUGGGGUCCAUUACGAGGUUGGAGAAUGGUCUUACCACUAACGAGUCGCAAGAAGAGCUCGUCGAAGGGAAGUUCAAACAACAAGGAUUAACAACAGAGGCUCAAGGUUUUGUACAAAUCAAAGUAGCUCUCGGUCAUACUUACAACGUUGAUAUGGACUGGCUAUUAAUCAUUUCUCUUGCAAGCAUUAGUCUCUUGACCCUGCUCACAUGGCGUCGGUACUUCUCAGCGAUCAGCGAUAUACCUGGGCCGUUUGCUGCUUCAUUUACCCGCCUUUGGCAUAUGCACCGUAUCCUCAAGGGUGAUCAAAACCUCGAGUUGAUACGACUACACCAACAACAUGGUCACUUCGUACGCAUUUCAUACGACGAAGUAAGCGUCAGUCACCCAGAUGCCAUUGCGAAGAUCUUACUAGCUCUCCUUCACAAGGCAAAUUGGUACAAAAUUCAUGCUCUGCCAGACUACCGCUUCCAAUCGCCCAUGAGUACCACAGACCCCAGGAAGAAGAUCGAAAAGUCGAAGCACAUCGCUGCGGCAUACACCGUGUCUAACUUACUCCGUUCGGAAGAGCACAUCGACCGCACCUUUGAAUCUUUCCUCGAAUGGAUGAACAAAUAUGCAACAGACAAGAAACCAAUGGAUCUCAACACCUUCAUCUCAUACACAACCUUUGACGUCAUCGGUGAAGUCGUCUUCUCGAAGUCUUUCGGCUUCCUUGACCAAGGCAAAGACAUUGGCAACUCAAUCGAGAAUUCCCUUGCUCUGAACGCAUACGUUGCAGUAGCGGGCUACUUCCGCUGGAUCAACAUUGCGCUGCUGGCUAACCCGAUCAUGACCUGGCUCUCCAUACUACCAAUGGGCCAUUUAUUCGACACCGUUAAAACCGUUUUGGCAGAAAGGGAAGAGAAUGAGAAUGCCCGUUAUGAUGCUGUUCAAUACUGGCUCAAGCAACAUGAGCGACAUCCGAAUAGAUUCACCAUACGGGAGAUCAAUACCCAGGCACUUGCUGCAGUAGGAGCAGGAUCUGAUACCGUUGCUGCGGGAAUACAGUCGUUUAUCUAUCACAUGAUUCGUCACGCUAACGCAUGGGAAUGCGCUCAUGACGAGGUUGCUCAAGCAGUCAAGGAGGGGUUGUGUAGAGAUCGGGUGGUGUCUUAUGCUGACGCACAGCAACUUGGGUUCGUUCAAGCAUGUGUAAGAGAAGCUCUUCGAGUCUUUGGUCCUGUACCUAUGGGUCUUCCACGUAUUGCGCCCAAGGGAGGGUUGACUAUUGGCCAUCGUACUAUACCUGAGGGAACCAUUAUCUCAAUCAACCCAUGGGUUAUACAUUAUUCAAAAGAGAUAUGGGGUGCCGAUGCGCAUGUUUUCAGACCAGAGCGGUGGUUAGAAGAAGACAGUGGUACAAGAGAAAAGUUUUGGAUGCCUUUUGGAGCAGGUUACGGUGGUUGUCCAGGACAAAAUAUUGCCAAGAUUGAGCUCGCCAAAAUUGCGGCGACGUUGGUAAGGGAUUACAAUAUCAAACAGGUGGACUCGACGCAAAACUGGCAGUGGAAAGCUUACUUUACGGCUGUUCCGCAUUCAUGGCCGGUGUAUGUCGAGAAGAGAAGGUGA